UUUUGAGUUUGCAUUGACUUGGUCUUUCUGCCAAGUGUGGAGCAUGAAUUAGCAUUGUUGGAAAUAUUGGAUUAGAUUCAUGAGAUUUACUUGUGUGAUGGUGAUGAAAUUUGUUUUGGAACUCCUUCCAAUUUGUCACCUUGAUUGUUGUACAAGGUUGGGGAGCUGAAGAAACUAAUUGAAGAGGGUAAAAUCAAGUACAUUGGUCUGUCCGAGGCAUCAGCUGCAACGAUCAGAAGGGCUCAUGCAGUUCAUCCUAUAACUGCAGUGCAGUUGGAGUGGUCCUUGUGGUCAAGGGACGUGGAGGAAGAGAUUAUCCCCGCUUGCAGAGAGCUCGGGAUUGGGAUUGUUGCCUACAGUCCCCUUGGUCGAGGAUUCUUGGCUUCAGGACCUAAACUUCUAGACAGCCUUGCCGAUGGAGACUUCCGAAGGACGCAACCAAGGUUCCAAGGCGAAAACUGGGAUCACAACAAAACCCUCUUCGAGAGGGUUUCUGAAAUCGCAAACCGGAAAGGAUGCACACCGUCACAACUGGCACUUGCAUGGGUGCACCACCAGGGAGAUGAUGUAUGCCCUAUUCCAGGAACCACCAAGAUCGAGAACUUCAACCAGAAUAUUGGAGCUCUAUCUGUCAAACUAACACCAGAAGAUAUGUCUGAACUUGAAGCGAUCGCGUCGACCGAUGCUGUGAAAGGUGAUAGAUACAUGGCAGGCAUGUCCACUUUCAAAGGUGCUGACACUCCACCUCUGUCUUCCUGGAAAAGCGAAUAGAAAGUGCUGUUCUUUAAUGCAGUGAGUGAGUAAUGGUUUGGCAAUAAAAUGAGCUUUCUGAGUUCAAGUUGAAGUUCUGCAAUUUUUCCAUAAUGAAGGUAUCUCAUGUAGUCAUGCCUCCCUGGUAUCGGUAUGUAACACCUUGUAUUGACAGAGCUUAGUUCUGCACAUUAUGCAAUCUAAAACAUUCGUGAGGUCUCCGGCAUGUGAUCCGCUACGACCAUUAUGCUCUAUGCUGAGUGUUGCUAACUGGAUCCAUGGAGAUUAGAGUUC